AUGGUUGAAUUCCUUCAGUGCCGACCCCUGUCGCUGUAUUGGACAGGCUGGGAUAAGAAUGAGAGCUACAAGAACGAGAGAUGCCUCGACUUUAACAGAUUCAUCUUGUCAAACGCCAUCAUCAACAUCAUCCUGGACGUCUGGAUGCUGAUUUUGCCGUUGACGCAGCUUUACAAGCUGAAUUUGAUUUUGCGGAAAAAGAUUGGAGUCAUGCUGAUGUUUAGUGUGGGAUUGUUGUGA